AUGCUCAACUUCUCGAGCCCUCCCGUCUGCCUACUUGGAGCGAAUAACUUGGUGCUCGCUUGUCUCGUUAGACUGGGUGGUGGCAACAAUUCUGAAUCACGGUCUUAUUUCCAGUUAAUAUUGUCUGGCUCUUUGAAGGGAAAUGCGAUCAGCAAUGAGGUCAUUUGCGCAAACAACGAUGUUCGCCCAAUCUGUUUGAGGAAGAAUAAUCCCGAAGACACCCGGGUUGGGCCCGUUGCAACUACUGGAUCGAGUGCCGCUCCACGGUUUAAUGAGCCUAUGCUGACUCCAUGUUGCGGAUCACAGGGGGAAGCAAAGGGAAACGCACAAACCCUUCCUCAAGGGGAGGGAUUCUCCAGAUUUGCAGGAUCCAUUCUUAACCAACCUCCAGACAAUCCCUAUAGCUGGGGCCCCUACCCGCUGUUUUUGGGCGCCGAAGUGCGCGGCAUACCCUAA